CUUUCUAUUUGUGCGCCGCGUGACUGAAACAGGUACGGACGCGACAAAGUAGACGGCUCGGUCUAGAGUCAUUGUCUGGAAAAAUAAAAAGAAGUGCCAUCCAAUUGCAAGAUGAGAGUGGGGCAGUAUGAAGUCGGGACGUUGCUAGGAGAAGGAGCGUUUGGCAAGGUCUACAAAGGCAAGCACGUCACCACCGGGGGCACUGUGGCUAUGAAGCAGUUGAAACUGGGGAGUUACAGACAGCUAGCAUGUGCUCAAAACGAAGUGGAGCCAUUGAUUGCACUGAAAGAUAAGUCUCAUGAGCACAUUGUUAAGUGCUUCCAGGGUAAAGUGAUGGAUGGCAGUCUGUGGCUGGUGUUAGAAUAUUGUUCAAUGGGGACGCUGAAUGAUUUUCUCUUGAGGCAGCUUCGCAUGGCAGCCUCAGUGAAAUUGCGACUUAUGACACAGAUUGCAGACGCAGUCAGCUUUCUGCACGCUAACCACAUCGUCCACAGAGAUCUCAAGCCAGAUAACAUACUGCUUACUGGAAGCAAUGGCAACCCAGUUGUUAAGGUAGCUGAUUUUGGAUUGGCUAAAGUUUGUGGGGUUGGAGACGUUUCCCUGUCAAAGUACAUGUUAGCCUCGCAGUGUGGUACUGAGUUCUUUAUGGCACCUGAAGUAUUUACAUCAUUGGGUUACAAAAUGUAUUGUGACGUGUUCUCAAUGGGCGUGAUUUUUGUGGCCAUGAUUGACAUGCGCCGAGUGGGAAGGUCGAUAGCUGCAUUCAUUGAGGGCAGAAUGGGAGCCACAGUCUCCAUCGGUAGAGCACUGCUUAACAACCCUCCUCCCAAUCUCUCUGCCCACCUUCUAACCAGCCAAAAGAACGGGGCGUUUAAAAAGCUGUGUCUGUCUAUGCUCAGUGUCAACUACCGCGGCAGACCCAAAGCUGCCGAUGUACACAGAAGCUUGACUCUUAUGGGAGGCUCUUGUGACAUACCUCAUAGGCCUACUAGUGGCCAAGGGGACAAACGGCUUGCCAGCCCAAAGCCAGCGUUGGGUGGCGCACACACUCUGGGUGGCGCAGUUGUUGGGCCUGUUGGGGCUGUAGGAUUGGUUGGAGGGCCUGUUGGGGUUAUGGGUGCGAUUGGAGGACCCGUUGGGGGUAUGGGUGUUGUUGGAGGGCCUGUUGGGGGUAUAGGUGUGGUUGGGAUGCCUGUUGGGGGUAUGGGUAUGCCUGUUGGGGGUAUGGGUAUGCCUGUUGGGGGUAUGGGUGUGGUUGGGGUGCCUGUUGGGGGUAUGGGUAUGCCUGUUGGGGGUAUGGGUGUGCCUGUUGGGGGUAUGGGUGUGCCUGUUGGAGGUAUGGGUGUGGGUAUGUUUGGAGGAGCUGUUGGAGCUGUUACAAAUAUUUCAAACAGUCCU